CUACUGAUAAUUUCUAAGGAAAAAUACAAUUAUUACUGACUAUUGGUUAAGACCACUAUAGAUAUUCAUAGUUUCAAUGUUAUGACUUUUUUAUUAUAUUUUUUUUUUUUAAUCUGGAGGUAGGAGUAUUAGUUUACAGCACAACCUCAGUCUUGACUGCCGUUUAUCCAGGGACAAUUCCUCAGGAUUCUGUUUUGGAUACCAAAUGGAAUAGUUUUCUUUGUUCUCCUUUUUUCUUUUCUUAUUAGUUCUUGGUCCACAAUCCCAACAAGCCCCCACUCAGUAGCCAUUCUCACUUCUGCUACAAAUUUUGAGGCAUUUUCCUGUAACAGAAUCCAGGGGGCUUUACGUUCCCUGGUUCCCACGAGUGAUGAACAGUGCCAGUCGGGGGAGGAGAAAGUGGAGCCGUCUGAGGUCCACAGGCAGACAGCGUUGGAAAUGGUCCUGUCCUCCCUCUGUCCCUAUCACAGGAAUCUGUUGUACCACAUCCUGAAGUAUGUACGCGAGGACCACAGCGUCUCUGUUGCCCUCAGAGACGCUCACAGGCGCCUUCCAAAGCCUGACCCCCGGUGCUGUCAGACUGGCAGGAAGCCAUCCGAGAAUUCCUCGGUGUCCCUUGGCGACUGCACAGUGGUCAGAACCUGUUGUCUUCAGACCUGCAGUCUCGCCACCUGCGCAGUAGCUCCCGUGUGCGUCUGCUUGAAGAACCUGCACGGCCUGGCUUGCCAAAACGUCGCCAUCGGUUGCGUCGGCAAAGUAAUCUGUUCCGCUUCAGCGAUGUGCUAUGCGCAUAGAAUACUUCCAUGUGCGCACCAGAGCAACGGGGAACACGCGUACAUCGCACAUGUGAGGAGCGUGGAAAGCAUUCCGGUCACAUCAAGGUACGUUUCUGAUUCCCACGACGCUUGCCGCGGUUGCCGUAGCCCUUCCCCGCCGCCACUCUCGCCGAUGCCUCUAGACAUCGAGAGCAAAACGUCUGAGAAGAACAACAGCUGUCACAGUCAGGACUGCAAAGCCCAGAGUACACAGCCUCCACCUCUCCUACCUCACCAAGCAGAGGGUGACGACACGGUUUUAUGCACUGACACGCUUAAUCAUGAGAGUCCUCCAGCCGAAGAGCCUGAACAGCAGAAAGGGAGUCUCAUCACAAUUGCACAAGUCUCAGAUAGAUCUUUCAUAGAUCUGAUGGACAGGUUUACGGAGAAACUGAAAACCAUCAAACCACCAGAGAAGGAGCAGAUUCUCAGCUCGCUCGCCAGCCAAAACUCCAAAUCCAGCGAUGACACCCACUUGAGGGAGAUCAUUACGACCGUGCUACACAGCGGAAAGGACAGUAACGAUUAUAAUUUGAACGAGCUCUUUAAUCGCCACGAGGCCAACGCACACCGCUCCCCUCAGACGCGUUCCCGUAGGAGACAGGAAGUACGUGCAGCCAUGGCCAAAUCUCCAGAUCUUCCUGCCUCCCGUCGACAAAACCUACAGAUCAAAAUGGAGCUUGCUCGCCUUGACCCGUCACUUUCUAGGAGGAAGUCAGGGACUGAGAGGAACAAAUGUCCCAAAAAUGUCAGACAUAGUCCUCCCUUUUCACCGUCCUCUUCUGAGCCGCUUAACUGCCCAAAUCUGGACAGGCUUAGUAAAGGUGUAGAUAAAGAGAUUAAGAAAGACCCCACAAACAAUCAAGCAUCAACAACACACAGUAACCUACUGGUAAAAAAUGCUCCUGCAAUUCAGUGCAAUAUUAAUGAGCAAAAACCACCAACAUACCUAAGUGAACCACAAGAUCCCUCUCUCCUAGAUGAAAAUAAAGAAAUGCCACCAGAUUAUAAAAUUGUAGAAUCACCAAAACCUGAUGAAAAUCGAGAACUACUACCUCCCUAUGAGGAGAGAGAGUUAGUAGCUCCUGAAACGAAGGAAUUGGCACCAUUAUCAACAUUGGGUGAGGCUGCUCUGCAAUUGGAGGGUGUGCGCCACAGAAAGUCCAAAAUGAAACCAUGGAGAUAUGCUGAAGGGUCCGCUUUUCGAGGCAGUGGUGACAUUGGUAGGUCGAGACGAAAUAUUGUCCCUCCUCAGCGCUUUUCAUCCUAUGUCACAGAGCCACGUAAGAUGUACUUUGCUGCAUGUUUUUCUGAAAGCAUUUUCAUCAAACGCUCACCUAAAAGCAAUACCUCAAACAAAGUUUAUGCCACAGAAACAAAUAAAACAUCCAGCACAGCGGACGUCAGUGAAGAGACCACCAAAACCAAAGUUGAAAGCAGUAUACAAGACUGUGAUUUGCCGUGUGUAACCAUAUGCAGGUCUCAACCCACAGACGAAUCAGAUCAUUUAUCUAAAGAAAAGGGUUUGUGUGAAGGUGCCGUUAGUGUAAAAACAGUUUUACCCAAACGGAGUCCACGAACGAAACACCGUAAGGACCCCAUGUCACCUGCAAAGACAUUGAAACCUUUUGGAACUCAGAAUUCUGACACUAAAUUGGAAAAAUCUGUAAGUGGUUCUGUAACAUCUGACAGUGCUGGGGAUUCUACAGAGAGCCAUUCAGGUCUCUUGUACACAAGCCCAAUAAAGCUAAUGUUUGUCUCACCUGUGAGGAGUGAAGAAGGGGUGAAAUACACACUGAAAUCUGCAGUCUCUGGACCAAACUCUGACGGACAGAUGUUUGAUCCAUGUGUCGUGGCCUCUUGGGGCGAUAAUGUUGAACCAUCCACAAGUACUCAAAACACCGAAUUGGCUUUUCAGUCGCCGAAAAAGGGUGAGGGUGGGAAAGACAAAAACACCUCACCGAAACCAUCACCAACUGAUACAACGAAAACCCCUGGUCAUUCAAACACUGUUGGUGAGGACCAGGAGCCCCUCCUGGUCACUCGCGAGCCAACUCCUGUGAAAAGGCGUCCAGGACGCCCCAAAAAAUUGGGACCUCAAAUGGAAAAGCCAGCGAAACGUCCCAUUGGCAGACCCCCAAAACUUAAAACUGCAGAUUCAAACAGUUUGAACAGUAAGAGUGGUUCUCAAGAAGUGAAUCAAAGAGCCUCAGAAACUUCAUGUGACGAUGCCAACAAAAAUCUGAAAAUAACUAUAGUGUAUGGAAGAUCGAGAAGGGCAAGGCGGCUUGUGUCUGAAGACUUGGAUCUCCCAAUGGACCAACAUAUGUGUGAGAUCCUUAAUGGAGCACAAUACAGUGAGAAUCACUCUGGAAAGAACAUGGGGGGUAAAUGCAGUAACAGAAAUUCCCUCGUUGGUGCAACCAAAGACCAAAUGGAGGAUCUCAAUUUUGUUCGGCCAGUGAAAGACCAAAAAGGCACAGUACAUUCAAGUAGCAACAUUAAAUGUCAAAAACAGAGUGAUCUUGCUGUGACAAGGAAACCAGGUAGACCACCUAAGGUCAAGAUCUCUGGAAUCUCGGUCACUGUUACCACGGUAUCGCCCAGGCAACGAAAGAUCCACAUGAAACGGGACGCAAAAGAUUCACCCCCGCGGCCCAGAGCACUUCUGCCUGAAUUUGAUUCUCCCUCCAAAGAUCAGAGGACAAUCAGUGCAUCACCUAAUGGCAUUUGUAAGGAUGGGACGUGUACAGGGGAGGAUAAGGGUGACAAUCCGAAAUCGCUGCUUAAACCCGUGAGACAGUCCCUCAGAGAGAGGAAGCCCUCCAUUUAUUUGCUGCACUCGAUUGCCACCGCUAGAUCGUUUAGUCACAGCAACGCAUUAGUACGUAAAUCUCGCAAACUCCUCCUAAACAAAGCCAACAGUGAAACCAGCCGUCUGAGGCAGCAGGGCAAGCCAGAGGAGGCGGCAACCAGAGCACUUUCCACAAAGACGAAGAAUGUCAACUGUUCACAAGAUUUGAGCCGUUUGUCUGGGAUUUCAGUGGAUUCCAUUUUUCAGUCCAAUGAAGCCUUGAAGUGGUGGCCUACCUCAGCAUCUACUGAGACCUUGAAUGAGGAGUUGGCCAGAAGGAUCAGGCUGAUGUCAGAUACGUGGGUCUCGGAUGCCCUGGAGGUAAGCAAGUCGUGCAUGGAAGAGAUGGAAAGCCUCAAGCAAAAGCCAUGUCAGAGAAUUAACGGGUCUGCAAAGAGGUCUGGUUCUGCUGUCAAAAUGCUGUUCGAGAGCCACUUUAACAUGGAGAAACUGUGCUCUUGGUUCAUGCAGACCACGGAAACCCAGUCGCUAGCCAUUGUGAAAAAAGCAAGUACGAGAAACCCUCCCGAGGUCUUUCACUACAACCCCAGUCGAGCCACCUCCAGAACAGAUUUUUGCCCCAGUCCCCAAGCAGAACGGCUCAGGAAGCACGUAAAGAAAUUUGCUAAAGUUGUUCCAAAGAGUCCUACAAUGCACAGACGAGCUCAAGAGACAAUGUGCAAUAAAAGCAGGUUAGGCGCAAAACGGAAACUCUUUCAGAAGAGCUCUCCACUUAAACGAAAACGUGGGUUUCAGCAGAGUCUCCCUGGGCCUAGAGGAACUUGGACGAUGUACAGAUCAUCUCUACUCAGGGCAAGGUCGAAGUUCAAAAGCAGAAAAGAGAGGACUAAGACAGAGCUCCAGAAUCACAGUGACCCAUUGAGCAAGUUGCCAUUGGGUAUUCAGCAACACAAGGAGCCAAGCCUAGUAGAAAAACAGCCGGCCUUUGGAGGCACUGUAUCCGUACCCAAAGGGAUGGUGCAAAAUACAUUCAACUCCUCAGACUGCAACAAAACUGCUAUCAAACCUCACAAACCAAUGGUAGAAAAAACUGACAUUUCCAAGGAAGAGAGGAUUUGCUCAAAAGCUUGGAGUCCAGAGACUCUCAAGGAGUGUAGGGUGUUCCUGAAGAAAAUCAAUUCCCCAGACACAGAAUCGACGGCUGAAGAAUGUAACAUUUGCACGGUGAAACUGUAUGACGUCUCGCCCUCGGGGUACAGCGUAACUGUCCAGAAAGUAGAAGAGGAGGAGGAGGAGGCAGCGGCUGUUGUGCCAGGAAAGACGAGGAGCUCGCCGAGGAAACUUGCCUCAUCCCUGAGGUGCCAGAACAAGGACGGGAGAAAGAAGGACAAGAGGAAAAGUACCAGCACAUGCGGAACGCCGCCGGCAAAAAUGGCACGACAAUCCAGAAGCAGCAGAGGCAUGGUGGGAGCGCGGUGGUGUGACUUUGUGCUAGGUAAACACCUAUCGUUUUGUGAUGACAAAAAGUUAUCGAUUUUGUUUUAAAUUAAGCAUUAAAAAUACAUCUUGCUUAUAGUCCAGGUAAAGCAUGUUUAGUGGUGUAGUGGACCAUGAAUUACUGAACGGCAUCUAUGUGUACAAAAAAAUGUUUUUGUUUGUCCUUUAUUUUCACAGGAACAGCCAAAUAGGCGGGAACGACCCUGUGUUUUCAGCAUUUUGAGCGAGACGUGAUUUGAAACUCAAACACACGGUGCCUUUAACGACGACGGUGUGGCUGAGUAACGAAAGAAAAAGAAAAAAAAAAAAAAAGCAUUAGGACACGCAACCUCAGCAAGCGUCAUGUAGCAUAAAAACUAAAGUAACAGAAUCUUGCACUAUUUAAAUCUGUUCUGUCUUCAUUCUGUGUAGGGUAUGUUCUUUCUUUCUCUCUUUUUGUUUCAUUUUUUUUUUGUUUUGUUUUUUGUUUUUCUUUUCUUUUCCAGUAAGAAAUUUCAAAGUACAUUUAUGAGUCAAAAGAGGCUAAUAGUACUAUUGGUACUUUUUAGCUGCAUGAAGGAUUUUAUAGUUUAAAAUAUCUAUUUAUUUAGUUUUGGAUUUGUCAUUACUGUCAGACCAACCACUCAUCCAGCUGAAAUCCAAUCUGGACAAUCUGGAGCAUCAUUAGACUAAUUUAACAUUAAGUUAAAUCUUGCAUUCUCGGAUUCUUACAUUUUUUUGU